AUGCUACUGCCCCCUCGCAAGAAGAAAGCUACACAAACCGGCAUCGCCACCCCAGGCAGCAAAGUCUCCCGCGAUGCCGUCUUCCAAAUCACCGAACUCCUCGAACAAAUCCUCGAGUACCUUUCCUGGAAAGAUCUCCACCUCUGUCAGAGAGUAUGCCGUCGAUUCCACGACCUCAUCUCGGACUCACACCUGCUGCGCCAAAAGAUGACCCUGUUUCGUCCCAAUUCACUACCAUCACAUCUCCACGACGAACCACCCAACCGACUAGAUCCCGCUAUGCUCCGCCCACUAGCCACAGGCACGAGGAAGAUGUUCGCCAGGGACUUCGGCUUGGUCCAGGGGCAGAGAGUCUGUCCUCUCCUGGAGCAGUGGCCUCGCUACUUCAACUGGAAGAGCUCUCUUGGGCGGCCCCCAAGUUCCAUCCCUUUUACUUUCAAGAUAGCUUCUGGACAAAACUGGACCAUGCUUGGCUCCUGGCGUCGGGUCUAUCUCACAGAUCCUCCUGUUAAAACAGCCCACGUGCGCAUGGUGUGGAGCAUUGAAGGCGUCGGGGCGCUGAGGUUCAAUGGGAUUGUUCGGGAUGAGGACGGGUUGACGUUUGGGAGACUAUUGGAUUUGGUGUUGGGAGAAUCUAAGAAAUGUUGGACGUUUAUGGGGUAUACGCAUCAGGUUGGUAAUGCGAAUAGGAAUGUGCCGGGCGAUACGCCGGCGGAGACCAUUCGGUGGCUUGAGGGGAGAUUGGGUGGGAAGGCGGAGCUGCGGAGCGACAAGAGUUAUGUUGUCUUUGGCCCUCCGUGA